UUAAUCUACUGCAACAUUUGUCUGUCUAUUCCCUCCAUAUUUUCCCUCUUUUAAUUUCACAAAACAAUUUAGUAAAUAUCUACUAAUUGCUAAGAGUAUAGCCCUUUUUGCCUUUUAGUUCAAUACCCAUUAUUUAUCUCCAAAGAACCCAGUAACAAAGCUCAGCAUUCGGAAGAUUCAUGAAUGAGAACUCUAGUAUGUCUCAGUUAUUUUUUCUGCAAAGGAUUAUCUUUUUGUUUUUAUAGUUAGGGUUCGAAUUUGUACGCAAUAUGGAAAUAUUCUUGCUUUCUAAACAAAAUAGGUAUGGAUCUUCUUAAAUAUUUUCUCUAUCUCUCAUAGAUAGGGUUUCGAAUUGCAUAUCUCCAUUGAUGUGUGUGGCUUGUAUUUUUCUAUCUUUGGCAGCUUUGUGUUCUUGUUUUUGUCUUGUUAAUUUUCUGAGUUGAACAUUUUGUGUUGUUCUGCAACUCUGAUAAUUAAAAAUCAUGUUUCCGUUCAAUUGAAGACAAGAACGAUGGUGAGUUUGCAUUAAUCGACUACACGAUACGUAAGGCCAGGGUAAUUCAUAAUAGUAAGUGGUUUACUGGUAUUUGUGGUGAUGAUGGAAAUUGACCGUUUGUUGUGGGUUAUAUAGAAGGUGAGUACCCUAAGUCCAGACUUUUUUGGAAUUUUAUGAAUGAUUUAGAACCCAGAAAGUAUAAACUAGCUACUGUGAAUUUCUGGUAUGAAUAAGAUGAUUAAUAGUAGUGUUAAACCAAAAUUUGGUCCAGAAAUAAAAGAACUUGAAAUUUUGGAAGAACUAAGUAAUUUGUGUAAUGAAGAUGAUGAACAAGUGUACCCGCCAUACUUGGAGAGGGGAAAUCAAUCUGCUUUGUUGGUGAAGUAAACGAACAGUCUUGAAUAUAAAUUUGAAUGUAUAGGCUUGAGUGAAGAGAGGAGGAGCCAUUUGGGUUCCAAAUUUGACAUUAUUUCACCAACUACCAAAACUAAUGAAUAUGUUCUGCAUCAGUUUUGGUACUCCUCUUUGCCCGGAGAACUGGUAUUAGAGUAAUAUUAUCAUGUCUUUUGUUUCAACUUUUAACUAAUAGAGAUAACUAAAUGAUAUUGCUAUCAACCUUUGUGAAAACACAUACAAAUAUUUAAUGGUACACAAGAACUUAAGAAGUAAUAUUUUCUCUUUUCCCUUUGCCUUAUUGGUUCCAUGCUAGAGCCGAGGAUCUUUCGGAAACAGGCUCAAGAAGUACUAUUGAAUGAUGCUCUUCCCACAAUUUUAAGAGGACACAAAAACAAGUGCUGGAAUGUAGUUUCAACUGGCAGCAUGCAUCGUGUCAAGCCUCUGCUAUUUAAUGGAGUAAAUUUAAGUAGGAAAGAUGAACCGAUCGAGGUGUUAACUGCGAAGAAUAGGAUUGCUGAAUUCCACACUGAACAUGAGUUACUUUCUCCAAGUGCUUUGGACAACGCAUGUAUAAAGCAUGCUGUCGAAUUAGAGCAAUCCUUCAUGGCAGGGGCUAACCACCGGGUGUUGAGCGCACGAGAGACUGUGCAUGAUGCAACCUAUGCUUAUUUCAUGGAUCUGCUUGCAAAGACUGUGAGAUUCUUUGGGAUGGCCAUAAAUAAUGUACCGUGGAAUCAGAAAGUGCCUCGGCCAUAGGUGAUCAACAAGCAAGGAAAAAUGGAGUGCAAGUAUAAUUAUUUUGACAUUCUUCAUAGUAAACAAAAAUGUAAAUAUAAGUUAUGGAUAGAAGAACUAUAUAAAUAAACUAUAUAUAUAGAGGAUUUGUAUAGGCUUGUUGGAGGAGCUAG